AUGACUGUAGCGGAUUCGAUGAAACGACGGAGAGUCGAGACUUCCGGAUCUUCUGGUGCUGUGCGCAACUCCAAGAUUUUUGCACCUUUCAGAGUCAUUGGCCACGUCUCCAACGGGACUCCUUUCGCUGUGGGAACAUUAGGCCAGUCUUUUUACAUCGCCACUGUCGUUGGCAGAUCCUUCCAGAUCUACGACGCAGCAACCCUACAUCUGCUUUUUGUGUCGUCCACCCAAACAGAAACUCCCAUCCGAUCCAUCACAGCACAUUUCCACUAUAUCUUUUGCUCCUAUGGAAACAAAAUUGGUAUUUUCAGACGGGGAAAAUUGGAAAAGGAGCUCGUUCUGCCAACCUCUGAAACCAUCAGAAAAGUGACAAUUUUUGGUAGCUACCUGGUUGCCUGCACGGGGUCUUCACUUUUCGUGUUUGAGAAGAGGGAUGAAAAAUUCCCUACCGAAUACUAUGGAGAGCUCAAGGUGAACGCUCUCAAUGGCGAGAUUGUGGAUAUUGUGCACCCUCCGACCUACAUCAACAAAGUGGUUGUUGCCACCACUUCUCAUCUGCUCAUCUUCAACGUUAGAACUGCAAAAAUGGUGUUUUUGUCCGAAGAGUUUGUUGAUGGAAUCACUUGUAUCGAAACAGCCCCAGCACUAGACAUUCUGGCUGUUGGAAAUGGUGUUGGCUCAUUCACAAUCUACAACCUGAAAAAGGGCAAAAGUCUUAGAACCAUAUCUACAGGGUCCAAGUCGAAGAUCACAUCGCUUUCGUUCAGAACUGAUGGUUCACCACACGUGGUAUGCUCGAUGGUGAAUGGAGACCUGUUCUUCUACGAUUUGGAGAAAAAGACAAGAGUACAUGUUUUGCGUAAUGCUCACAAAGAGGUUGCCGGCGGUGUUUCAAAGGUGCAAUUUCUUAGUGGACAGCCUAUAUUAGUCACCACUGGUGCCGACAACAGUCUGAAGGAGUACGUUUUUGAUCCUGCCCUAUCAGAUAACUCAGCUGUGGUCGCUCCUCCUAGACAUCUGAGAUCCCGUGGAGGACACUCGGCUCCGCCUACGUGCAUCACAUUUGGCGACUCGAAAUCGCAUUUCAUCCAAUCUGCCUCCCAAGAUCGCUCGUUCUGGACCUUCUCGCUACGUAAAGACGCCCAGUCGCAGGAAAUGUCCCAGAGACAGUCUGCCAUGAAGGACGGAAAGCGUCAGGCAGGUGUCUCCUCCACGUUCAAGGAUAAAUUCCCGCCAAUCACCAUGAUAGCUCAGGAGAAUGCCAGAGAAGGAGAUUGGGCCAAUAUUGUGACUGCUCACCAGGAAGAAACGUUUGCGCGUACCUGGGACUCGAGAAACAAGAAGGUCAGUAAGCACGUUCUGGACACUAUCGAUGGUGGCAUUGUCAAGGCCGUGAACAUCACCCAGUGCGGAAACUUUGCCCUAGUUGGGUCCAGUAAUGGUGGCAUUGGAGUCUACAACUUGCAAAGUGGAAAACUACGCAAGAAUUACAGACUGCACAAAAAGGCUGUCACUGGUAUUGCCGUUGACGGAAUGAAUAGGAAGAUGGUUUCGUGCGCUCUCGAUGGACUCGUUGGGUUUUACGACUUCAGUCAAUCAAAGUUCCUCGGAAAACUGCAGCUGGAUGCUCCAAUUACCCAAAUGGUGUACCACAGAGGUUCUGACCUUGUUGCGUUUGCUUUGGAUGAUCUAUCGAUCGUCGUCGUCGACUCUGCCACGCACAAGGUGGUCAGACAGCUGUUUGGCCACUCCAACAGAAUCACUGCUAUGGACUUCUCGCCGGAUGGUCGCUGGAUUGUGUCGGCGUCCCUGGACUCUACUAUUCGAACCUGGGACCUGCCUACUGGCGGCUGCAUUGACGGCAUCAUGGUUCCCAACACAGUCACGUGCUUGAAGAUGUCUCCUUUAGGCGACUAUCUUGCCACCACGCAUGUCAACGGAGUGGGUAUAUCUUUGUGGACCAACAAAGCUCAAUUUAAACCAAUAUCCACGAAGCACGUUGAAGAGGAGGAGUUUGCAACCAUGAUGCUUCCGAAUGUAAGCGGCGAGAACGGCUCUAGUAUCCUGGAAGGUGCGUUUGCCGAUGACGAGGAAUACAGUUCUGGAACGUACGUUUCGGUGGACCAGCUUGAUAAAGACCUAGUGACUCUUUCGCUGCACUCGCGCACAAAGUUCAACACCAUCAUGCAUUUGGACACGAUCAAGAGAAGGAACAAGCCUUUGGAGCCUCCGAAGAAACCAGAGUCCGUUCCGUUCUUCCUGCAACAGACAAGCGAGGAAAAACAGACGGAAUCGGAGUCCCAAUUGAUGAAGCUAGACCCCUCUUCUGCUGCAUUCGAGUCCGACUUUACGAGAUUGCUCAGAGAGGGUGCUGAGUCUAGUUACGACAAAUUUAUCGAAUAUCUCGUGGACAUGAGUCCUGCCACGCUGGAUCUGGAACUCAGAACAUUGCAGACGACGGAGCCAUUCACAGAACUCAAAAGGUUUGUGGAUGCAAUCAACUACGGACUCAAGCAGAACAGAAACUACGAAAUCCUAGUGGCGGUCGUCUCUGUCUUCUUCAAGAUCCAUGGAGACGUGCUGUACAAUGUUGAAGGCGAGGUCGUGCAGGCUCUCGACGAAUGGCGGUCUCUCGCUUCUCAAGUAGACACCAAGAUGGAUGAUAUGGUGAAGUACUGUUCUGCAGUGAUCAGCUUCAUCACGACGACAUAG